CGCUAAUGACAUAUUUUCCCCGCCCGCAACUUUAAACAUUAGCAAGUGAGCUCACGAGGGAUACAGCUCUCUGGACAAGAUGCUCAAAAAGAAGUCAAGUAGCGCUGAGAAGAAGAGGAAACACUCGCAGUCUGAAGAACGACAUGAGAGCAGUAAACGCAGAAGUACUGAGCCCAUUGCGGAGCACGAGUCCAAGGAUGAACUCGCUGACGCCGAACUGGACAGGAUUGGCAGUGACAUUGAGGACGGCGGACUUGACCUCAGCCUGCCGUUCCAGCCCAUCACUGCUUAUGUCGGUGACAAGCGGGAGAUGCUGGAGCAGUGUUUCCGUGUGCUGGGGGACAAGAAGCUCAAGAAAAUGCUGCCUGAUGAACUCAAGGACUGUAGUUUAGAGGAAAUCAAAACGCUGUGCUGGAAACAACUGGAACCGAUCACAGAGAAAAAUCUCAUUCAGAUCUUAGCAGGGGAAGAUCUGACAUCUGGAAAUGGCGACAAAAACACAGAGGAGACCUUGGAAAUCCAGCAAGACAAUAAUGUGGACUCUACAUCUUGCCUCAAAGAAACUGCAAAAACGGAGGAGCCUAAGCAAGAGGGUGGUGGUUAUGGCGAGGAGAGCGACGUCCUAAGCAUAAACGCAGACGCUUAUGAUAGUGACAUAGAGGGACCCAAAGAGGAGCAGACCGUUAAAGCUGUGAAAGUGGCGUGCGGCAGCAGGGAAAGCGCUGAUCCCAUUGUAAACCCCAGCCCACCAAAUCCCGAACCUCCCACCGCCCCUCGACCUACGGAAGCCAAGAAAGACAUCCAAAGUGACAUAGACAAAAGCGUUUGUGAAAUUUUAGCAUUUUCGUCCACCUCGAGCAAAGAGGAAGCUAAAGAACAGGGUGCACCUCCGCAGCCAACAGACGUUUGUUUGCCCGCUGAAGGCGCAUCCGUUUCAAGCCGCACACCUUCAGUAUGUCAGCCGUCAAUUCAGCAACUGGAGCUCCUGGAGUUGGAAAUGAGGGCGAGGGCCAUCAAGGCUCUGAUGAAAGCAAGUGAUGGGAAAAAGCCUUGUGUAACGAAAAAUGUAUAGCCUGUUUUAUUUGGGUUUAUAGGCCUUUUAUAUAAUCAAUUUACUGCUUAAUAUAUUUUGUUUAUGCUUUACACUGUUGAAUGACACAAUUGACAAUGAUUUUCUGUCUUUAACCAUCCAAACCAUGUUGUGUUAUUACUCCAUAUUGGAAUGAUGUUACAGGCUGUUUAAUGCCAAAUUAAACCGAUAAAGGCCUGUCAUAUACCCACUGAGUGAACGUCGGCUGGGAUGAUUAACAUAAUAGUAUUUCCAGGUGUAUUUUUCUCUCUGGUCACUAGAUGGCAGUGUUUACCUGCCACAGUGCAUGUGUCUAGUCUGUGCAGAGGAGAGCGAGAGAUGAUUUAUUUGCCCACAUUACAGUCAAAAUGGCCAUGGCAGCGUGAAAGUCAAGUUCUAGUAAUGAUGUUAUUUAGUAAUGCACCAGGUUAUAAUGGAUCUCUGUUAGGCAUGGAGAACAAGAAAAAUUGUUCCCAUGGCAUUACAGACACAAUACAGAGAAACCCAAAAUUGAAAUAAAUCUGACUAUUAGACCAGCUGUCCUCGUCUAUACGUCAAAUUAAAGGACCUGCCAUUUUUAUCAACCAGAUUAAUUUUAAACUUUUUUUAUUUCUGUACCUCUACAUAGGGGCUAGAAUUAAUAACAUGCUCUCGCCUAUUAGUGUAGUGUUGCUGUAUUUAUUCGAAGCUGCUUUGUUCCUGUAAAAACUGUAAGGUUGCUGUGUGUGUGCAUGUGUGUGCAUGUGCGCACACAAUUACAUGCAGAUGCAGAGCAAAACAGCUCUCUACCCCACCAGCCCAAAGGAGACAAUGAAAUGUACGAUAAGAAGCCAGUUGCCUCCUGGGUAUUUGCAUUUAAAAGGGCUCUUUCAUGGGAGGAAUGAGCGUGGGGAGGGUUAAAUGUGUCAUUCUCUAUGCUUUUAUGUGCAGGUAUCUUUGGUUCUCAUUGGGAAAACGUCCACUUUAGCGCAAAAGGGGAUACAACAAUUCUAAAGUGCUCGUGGUGUCUGUGAUUGGUGAGUAUUUAUCGGUGUCAUUUUCCUGCUAUUAGAAUGCCAAUUAUGAUUUGGUGUGAGCAGAUAAAUGGCCUUUUAAGCAGACCUCAAAAUGAGUGGGCUGUAAAAUGGAUUGAUGGAGGUGAGGUGAUACUGUUUUGUUGGGGGAGUACUUUUUGAAUUCAAAUGAACCUUGUGAACCGUGUUGAAAUAUUGCAGUAUGAUGCUUCCAUGAAUGGUGCUAUUAUGAAAGUCAAAAACAAGGAUGUGCAAAAAAGUUCUUGUGCCCCACCGGUUCAUCUUCAAUAGCCGCACCUGUCAUUUUCCUUGGUAUUGUGACCGAGCCUCUGGUUAGUGAUGCUUAUUAUGCUAUUGUCCUCAAAAAAAUGUUUCAGGGCCGUUUAUCCUCUCGACUCAACUUUUUCUAUGCAACAAUCUGUCAAAACUUUAGGAGAUUCUAGCUUCUUUUUAGGAAGGACCCAUGAACAUAAUGUAAUCCCUCACUGUUUUUUAAUGUAACUGACUUCAGGUUCAAUACUUCUAGAAUGAAAAUAUCUCACUUUGAUGUUACCUCAGCUCUACUUCAGUCUAAUAAUGUAGCAUUCUUGACAUGCUAGCAUGUUAAAUGUUAGCAUGAACAUGUUUAGAAUGACAUGCUCACUGUAGUAUCCUGGCACAUUGAUGUAAUGCUGUAUUCCAGACCGGUCGAAACUGGGAAAUUUCCAAGUAAUAUCUGACUUCUGACCUCAAAGCAUUUCAGUUCCAUGGUGGUGCAUCGCACUAAAUGUAAACAAUAAACAUGGCUGACCGUGACAAACUUAUGUUUCUUUGGCAAGUUUAUGCACAGUUAAACCCUCAGCAGUGCCCUUGGUGUUAUUUAAAAGGAUGGCCAUUUUAUUAAAAACAAGUGAAAAUAUAUACGUUACCAGUUAACUGUGUAUCCCUCUAGGUACAUCAGUUGGUGAUCCUCAAAAGUCAGAAAAGUCGUAGGCUACUUCCAAAUGUUUUCACAUUUCUGAAUAACUUUUGGGUAGAGAGGAUGACUUUUAGAGAUUGUUUACUGUAACCAGCUACCUAAUAACAUUGACAAUGUGUGCUUCCAUGGGAGCUGCCAUUGUUGUGUGACGUCAUUCGGCUGCUACUCGUGAAGUCUCCGAGUUCUGUUGCAUAGUACUUUUUCUAGUUGGAGGUCGUAAAUUUCCCAGUUCCGAGUUGCCUCGGAUAUGCAGCAUUCGCUCAAAGCACAGCUAUAAGUACUGCGGAGGGUAAGUAAAGUACAUCUGGAUGCUGACAAAUGACAGGUGAGGCUGUUGGAUGUUGCAGCUCCACUUGUCAGGCUUGGCUCUACAUUGUCAGCAAUGUACAAGCUCAGUCUGAGAUGAUUUUAAAAUGGCCACUGUUGAAUUACAGCAUGGUGCCACAUUAAUUCUAUCCCCAAAUAGUAUUAAUAGUCAGCAGCAAAGCUGUCUUUCUGGAACAAUUUUGUUUUCUUGUGUACAGUGGGCCUUCCAGCCUUGAACUAGGUAGGAGAGCGUCACUCUUUGCUGUUGCACAAAAGUGUGUUGUGUGUUUUUUUUUUGGUUUUUUUUUUGUGAUUUCACUCCGAUUUGAGGUUUCAUUUCUCUUCAUGUUUGUGCAUUCAGUGUGUUUUGUUCUUAAUAGCUACUGGAAAUUGUAGCAGACGAAGCACAAGUAUGUUUGUUUGUGAAAAAGACAACCUGUCAGUCCAAUCUAAAACUCUAGAUGUUACUGUGGUACCACAGGGAUACACUGUAGGGAUAAAACACACUGAAAAAUGUUGAUGCAUUUUUUAUUUUUUUUAUUUUUAAAGAACAUCCUGUUUGCAUAAAUAAAGUAAUUCUCUUCAAA